UCGUCGUCUUCGAUCUCUCCUGCAACGAUCAACGAAACCAAAGAAGUCUCUCCAAAGCUUCCGCAAUGGUUCUCCGAUCACUAAAUCUCUUAACAGUACUACUAUCCAUAGCGGCUCUACCACACAUCUCUCAAUCUCUUCACUUCGAGUUACAUUCUGGUCGAACCAAAUGUUUAUCAGAAGACAUCAAAAGCAAUUCCAUGACCGUCGGGAAUUACACCGUCGUUAACCCUAACGAACCUCAUCCUUCUCCUCAAUCUCACAAGAUCUCAAUCAGAGUGACAUCGAGCUACGGGAACACGUAUCAUCACGCGGAAGAAGUACAAUCGGGGCAAUUCGCGUUUACGGCUGUGGAAGCUGGAGACUACAUGGCGUGUUACACUGCCGUUGAUCAUAAACCUGAGGUUACAUUGAGUAUUGAUUUUGAUUGGAGAACAGGUGUUCAGUCUAAGAGUUGGAGUACUGUGGCUAAGAAGAGCCAAGUCGAAGUUAUGGAGUUUGAUGUAAAAAGACUGAUUGAAACUGUCAACUCGAUUCAUGAAGAGAUGUUUUAUCUCAGAGAAAGGGAGGAAGAGAUGCAAAAUCUGAACCGGGCUACAAACUCGAAAAUGGCCUGGUUAAGUUUCCUCUCUCUUUUUGUAUGCUUAGGAGUUGCAGCAAUGCAGUUUUUGCAUUUGAGGACGUUUUUCGAGAAGAAGAAAGUCAUCUAAGAAGGUUUAGAUUAAACAUUACCACUCUUUUCUUUUUCCAACUCAAGGAAAUCUUCUAUUCCCCUGAGUUUUUUUGUACAUUUAGUUCUAUGGCUUAAGCAUGUAGUCCCUGAACUGGUGAAGUUAAAUGAAUGUGAAAAUAAUUUCCUU